AGACGCGUCUCUAAGUUGUUAUUGCGUGUAGCUCAUGGAGCAUGUCUAAUCACAGUAUUUACUCCCUGAGCGACAUUAAAGUGCUUUAAAUGAAACCGUAUGAGUCGGACGAGGAGGAAGAGGACCAGCUGGGUGUUUACCAGAAACAACUGAGGCAACGGGCCAACCAAAGCCUGCAGCAGCUCAGCGGUGCUCUAGAGCAGCUCCACCACAACGAUGAAGAGAAAGAAGAGGUGGUCAGAUGUGGUGGUGGCAGCGGCCCCCGGUCCUCCAUGACGGAGAAGGACCGGCCGAUGUGGAACCAGAAGAAGCAGAGCGAAGCGGUCAAUCAACUGAAGAGCCUCCUAUUGAAGCAGGGCAAGGAGAUGCCUGCUCCUCUCUCUCCUUCAAAGGACUUGGUCCCAGUGACUCACAACCCCCCAGACUACAUCCAACACCUGGAGGCUGAAGUCAGAUUCUGCAAGGAAGAGCAGCAAGGCCUCAAACAGCGCAUCCGAGUCGUGGUGGUGGAGAACGAGAAACUGCGCACGGAGCUCCAGGCCAAACAUGCCGAUGUGUCUCCGAAGGACCACCACAUGUUUCCACAUCGCAUGGUGAGUGAAUAUAUGGCAGGCGACAGUCAUAUGGCCAAGAGAGGGGACCACACAGCAUGGAAACAUGAGCUGGAACAAUUGAAGGUGAUGCAGCAGGCUCAGGUUCAAACGCUGGAGGCUCAGGUCAUCUCCCUCAGGAGGGAUCUUUCUCUCAGUCAGAAAGAGUGCGAGGAGCUGACAGCCCGUCUGAGAAACACCGAGAAAGAGGCGGCAGCGUCGUUGCGGGUCGAUUGCGUGCCGCACGUGUCCGGCUUGUGUCUGAAGUGCGCGCAGAAGGAGGCGCUCUUGGCCGGGGCUCCUGCCAACGCGCACGUCCAGGCUCUGGACCGACUCACCAAGGAGCGCGACGAACUGCUGGCGGCUCUGAGUGCAGCGCGUUCAGCUCGCCAAGAGGUUCAGCACCGGGAGUGGUCCGCUUGUCUGCAAGUCAAAGACGCAGUGGAGAUGGCCGAGGAGGCCCACCUGCACAAAGCUGAGGUGGAGGUGCAGUGCCAGCAGCUGUCCAGGGAGCUCGCCCGGCAGACGGCGCAGCGAGAACGCGACGCGCAGGCCCUAAAGGACAGAAUAGUCAAGGCCAGAGAGGAAGGACGCAGCGAGGGUCGCAGGCAGGAGGAGGAGCUGGCAAAUACUGUGGCCUGGUUGUCCCAACGUGCCACCGAGCUGGAGGGCCAACUUGACAGACUCCACGCCGACAAGAGCUCGCUGACCAAUCAGCUGGAAGACGCGCUGCGACAACUUGCCAGUGUGGAACAAGACAACAGCAAAGUCCGUGCAGAGCUCCAGUAUCAGCUCAGCGAUGCCCGACUCAAGGAAGAGGAGGCUGAGCGAGAAAUACAAGACCUCAAGUCCAAGACCAGGAGGCAGCUGGAGAAAUCGACACAAGAAGUGGAAAAGCUGAGCUCAGAGCUGGUUGGUUGCCGGCAGCGUCUGGAGGCGGUCCAGAGGGACGGCGGCCAAUGGCAAGCCGAAGCCCUGAGCCUGGCCGAACAGCUGGCGAGUGCCCAGCGCCAACUGCACCUCACCAGAGAGGACAGCGAGACGGCGGCGAGAGCUCACGAGGACAAGAUGGCGUGCGCGGCCCGUGCGUGGCACGACCGUGAAAGCGAGAUGGCGGUGCUGCUGCAGCAAAUGGAGGCGCAGCACCUCCAGAGAGCUGGUGAACUGGACGUACUCCUGUCUUCCCAGAAUUCCCUGAUCAAGAAGCUGAAGGAGGAGUGCCUCACUCUGGGAGCCACACUGGAGGAGCUGUCAGGAAACAAACGGCGGGAAGUGGAGCAGCUGGCUGUGGUGAAUCAACACCUUCAGGACACAGUGAAGAGCAUGAGAGCACGCUGCUUCGACAUGGAGAAACAGUGUGUUCAGCACGGACGCAUGCACCACACCAUGAAAAACAGGCUUCAACAGUUGGACCGUCACUGUCAGAGCAGCGCCCAGCAGGUGUGUGAGCUGCUGGCCAAACAGAACCACAUGAUGAUCAAGCACACACAACCACUCCACGACUAACGCACACAAUAUCUGAAAGUGUGUGUGACUAAAUGAAUUUCUGAGAGCGCGUCACCCAGCACAUCAGCGUUGGUCUUUCUGUUUUUAUACAAAUUUAGUUUGACUUCAUGGAUUAGAUAAAUUGGAAUACAUUAAGCCUGUUUCUCUUGUGUUUAAGCAGGAUAGCAAUUGUGCGCAUUUAUAAAAGUUUUCACAUGUUGGAAUAAAUGAAAUCUUUUAUUUAAUAAAACCUUUAUAAAUUGUCA